AUGGCCUCUAACGAGGAUGUCGAGAAGGGCAUGCAGCCCAACCUAACUCCCCCUUCAGAUUCGCCAGUUAAAAAUAAGAAAUUGAAUACCGUGGAGCACGAUGCCACGGUCGAUAUAGAGGAGCCGGUUCCCACCAACAAGUUCCUCGCAUGGACAUACCGAGUUGAGCACAUCCUGGGCUUCGAAGCCCGCGGUAUCCACCGCGUCAAGGAGGAGCAGCAGACCGAGAAGACCACGCUCAGCUUCUCGCAGAUUGUCAUGAUGUGGAUCUCGAUUAAUGCGGCGGCGCAGAAUAUCACCCUCGGCAGCAUCGGACAGAGUGUUUUUGGUCUGGGGUUUGUGGAUGCGGCCUGCUGCAGUGCACUUGGCGGCCUUGUGGGUACGAUCCCUGUCGCGUACACUGCUGGCUGGGGUCCAUGGAGUGGGAAUCGAACCCUGAUCUGCGCGCGGUUUUCCAUGGGCUGGUGGCCGGUGAAGAUAUGCGUCUUGCUCAAUCUUGUGAUUCUGCUUGGGUACUCUAUGAUCGACGCGGUCGUCGCGGGCCAAAUCCUGUCCGCUGUCUCCCCUAAUGGAAGCCUAACCGUUGUGGUUGGAAUUAUUAUUACUUCGGCAUUGGCAUUUGUGGUGACGACGUUUGGUAUCAAGAUCUUCCAUCGUUAUGAACGAUAUGCAUGGAUCCCCCAAUUGUCAGUGCUGUUGAUUCUUGCUGGAACAGCAGGUUCGAGAUUUGACAUUUCGCAACCAUCAACUGUUGAGGGAACAACUCUGGCUGCGAACCGUCUUUCUUUCUUCUCUGUCUGCCUCAGCGCGGCGAUCACCUAUUCCCCAGGAGCAGCUGACUUCUUCGUCUACUGCGAUCCGAACAUUGCUACCCGGUGGAAAGUAGCUGCCGGCACCAUGGUUGGACUCAGCUUAUCAUUCACGCUGACCUUUGUCCUUGGCGCUGGCCUCUCCUCAGGCAUGGCAACCAAUCCUACUUGGGAAGCUGCUGGUGCAGGCAGCGGUGCGCUCGUCGCCGCUGGAUUUGAUGGACUCGGUGGGUUUGGAAAGUUCUGCUCCGUUAUCGUUGCGCUCGGUUUGAUUGCCAACAUGAUAGCGCCGGUAUACUCCUCCGGGAUCGAUUUCCAAAUCUUGGGAAGGUAUCCGGCAAUGGUACCCAGAUUCGUAUGGAAUACCCUCGGGGUUAUAAUCUUCACUGUCUGUGGUCUAGCAGGGCGAGACCAUCUAUCUGAGAUCUUCACAAAUUUCUUGGCUUUGAUGGGUUACUGGGUCGUCCUCUGGAUCGUCAUAACCCUCGAAGAAGAAUUCAUUUUCCGCCGCAACGCAUAUCCGAAAUUCAUCUGGAGCGACUGGGAUAAGCAAGACAAACUUCCCAUCGGACUCGCCGCAUUUGUAGCAUUUUGUGUUGGCUGGGUAGGCGCUGUUCUCUCUAUGGCACAGGCGUACUUUAUUGGCCCUCUCGCUAAAACUGUUGGUGAUUAUGGUGUGGAUAUGGGCCUUUAUGUUGGAUUUGCGUGGGCUGGUAUUGUGUAUUUGCCUUUGAGAUAUUUAGAGUUGAAGGCUUUGGGUAGAUAG